GCUGGUGUGAUUCCUGCGCGGCCGUCCAGGCUGACCGCUUGUUGGCACGUCCCUGGAUUGUUGCGGCGAAUAAGGCCCACAUGAUCCAGAUUCUGCGCAAUGGUAUCGACAUAGACAGGCACCACAUCAAAGGCAUCUACAUUUGCAUGGUCGGCAAGGAUAGUGCAGAUGCCAAGGACAGCACGCAGUCCGGCAACGCGAUGGCGGGCGUGAUCUGCACUUUGCGCGAAGGUGAGCCGCAGAAUGAGGACUGGACCGGCGAAGGUGAGGAGGCUUCGUCAGCUUGGCGUGGCACUACAAUCACCGCGCGCAGUAAGAGCGGGACCAAAUACAGCCCGAUCACCGUGUCUUACCAGGAUUGCCACAUGACGUUUCGGCCAUGGGACCCUGAGUCGUGUGCAUUGGCUGCAGCCAUCCAUAACCGGAUCAUUCAUUUUCCCAUCAGACCGAAGACUGUGGUUUUCGCCUUGGGAUGCUCCCUUCAGACGCUGAGCCACAUUUCGGACACCCUCGGUCCAAAAGGGCGGCUGAUUGGAGUGCUGCACAACCGUUCGCCUCUCCCAUGUCCUCCAGAACG